AUGGGCGGGCCGGGCUGGGCCCGCGACGCGCCCGCGCUGCUCAGCACGGCGCUGCUGCUGGGCGGCGCGGGCGGCGCGCUGGCCGACCGCCCGCCGCCGCCGCUGUUCACCAUCGACAGCAUCCUGGCACCACGGCCGCCGCCACCCAUACAGCCGCUGCAGUUGCACCACCUAGCUCACACACCGUUUCAUAGAGCUCACGAUUUCUUUGGCGUAGGCAGUGCAGUGUCGCAGGCUGGGGGCUACGCGGGGCUGUACGGCGGCUACGCGGCGGCGGCUCUGGCGGGACUCUCGGGACCGCCGCCUAAGCGCAAGCGACGACAUCGCACCAUCUUCACAGAGGAGCAGCUGGAACAACUCGAGAGUACCUUCGACAAAACCCACUACCCUGAUGUAGUACUAAGAGAACAACUGGCGUUGCGUGUCGAUUUGAAGGAGGAGCGCGUUGAGGUAUGGUUUAAAAAUCGUCGUGCUAAAUGGCGUAAGCAGAAACGUGAAGAGCAGGAGCGACUACGAAAGCUUCAAGAAGAGCGGGCAUGUGGUCGCGCGAUGGUGUCCGCGCGACCUCGCUUGUCGCCACCCGCGCGGCCUCAACCCGCGCCGCCUACGCCUCGCCCUUAUACUGACGACUCUGAAGAUUCCGAUCUAGAAGUUGCU